UACUCAAACAUAGUUCAAGAUCAUGGCUCCGUCAAAGCUCAAGAUAGCCCUGCUCCAGCUGGACAGCUUCCCGACCAAACAGGCGGCGAUCUCAAACGCCCUCACUCAAAUCAGGAGUGCCGCCAAAGCCAAAGGCGCCAAGCUGGUCAUCCUGCCGGAAUGCUGGAACUCGACGUACAGUGCGGAUGAGUUCGAACGGUCUGCCGAGAAGAUUCCCGGUGGGGAGACAAGCGUAGCCUUGGCUAACACCGCAAAAGAGCUCGGUAUCUGGUUGGUCGGUGGAACCUAUCCCGAGGUGGACGCCGGAAAGAUUCACAACACAUGCGCCGUUUUCGGACCGCAGGGAGAGUUCAUCGGAAAGUAUCGGAAGAUGCAUCUCUUCGACAUGGACAUUCCCGGAAUUUGUACGUUCAGCGAGUCCAGCGUGUUGACUCCUGGUAAGGAGUUUCUGACGUUCUCCGUUGAGGGUCUCAAUGUCGGCAUCGGAAUCUGCUACGAUCAGCGAUUCCCGGAGUUUGCGGCCAUUCAUCGACAACUGGGCACGGACUUCCUGAUCUUCCCGUCGGCCUUCGAUACCUACACCGGACCGAUGCACUUCGAGUUGAUUGCGCGGGCUCGUGCGCUGGACAACAGCAUGUUCGUGGCGUUGUGUGCCCCGGCCAGAGAUACCAGUAAGGACUACGUGGCGUACGGGUAUUCUACUCUUUGCGAUCCCUGGGGAAGAGUGGUUUGCAGAGCUGGAGAACAUCCGGAAAUGUUGGUGGUGGACUUGGAUCUGACGCUACUGGAGGAUAUCAAGAAGAAGAUUCCCGUACUAAAGCAGAAGCGAAACGAUGUGUACGAGUUGGUUAGGAAGAAGUGAUGGAAUUUCAAUCAGCUUACGCAAAUCAUCGAACCGCGUUGAAGUGCAUACGCAUAUCUAGACAUUUAAAACAGACGUUUUACCUGCUCCGUUCUUCAAUCACAAUUAGCAGCAAUAAAAAAACACAACUCUUCAGCAUAAAAGCAAUAAAUUUCACAUCACAGUGGUGCAUAAAACAAUCGCGAUUGGUAUCAUUCGGAGCGCCAUGCCAUUGGCUUCGAACGAAUUGUCUGCAGUUCCCGCAAUCCACGUGCCCAGGUGUGAAUUCCUUAAGAGUGGUAGCACGCAAGCGUGGAACUUGGAACAUGACGAACCUGCCACAACAAUCGUGGUGUAGGUCGCCUGGCAAAUGGAAGAGGGUGGAGGUGGAUUAAAUGGUCGCUUGAUGAAUUGAUGAAUUCAUUAGUUGUAAA